CCCUUCGCUCCUUCCCGUUCCCUCUCGUUCCCUCCCCGCCUCCCUGCGCAGCGCGAACAUGGCGGCGGCGGCGGCGGCGAGGGACUGAGGAGCGCCAGCGCUCGGCGGCCGCGCAGGUUUUGCUAUGCCGCAGUGUUUGUACUGACUCUGCUGUCUUGUAGGAGUGAUGGGGAACUAGAGCCCAUGACAGUUCAGUGGAGCCCUUGGCACUUUUGAUAUCUUGACAUCUUCAGUCCUGUAAGAGCAGCCCAGUCCCAGGAUAAGGACAGAAGCAGGUGGUAGAAUGCGGAAACCAGGCCCUCAGAAAGCCAUAGACUGGAAAGAUGGUAAAAAGCACAAGUACAGCCGCCCGUCAGAGUCUCCCUCCCAGUACCAAGGUCACUUCACGUGGGAGAAGUACCUGAAAGAAACAUGUGCCAUCCCAGCUCCUGCCCAUUGCUUCAAGCAGUCCUACACUCCACCUGCAAACGAGUUCAAGAUCAGCAUGAAGCUGGAGGCCCAGGACCCCCGGAACACCACGUCCACGUGCAUCGCCACCGUGGUGGGGCUGACGGGCGCCCGCCUGCGCCUGCGCCUCGACGGCAGCGACAACAAGAACGACUUCUGGAGGCUGGUGGACUCUGCUGAGAUCCAGCCCAUUGGCAACUGUGAGAAGAAUGGAGGGAUGCUGCAGCCUCCUCUGGGCUUCCGCCUCAAUGCCUCCUCCUGGCCCAUGUUCCUUCUGAAGACUCUGAAUGGAGCAGAGAUGGCUCCUGUCCGGAUUUUUCACAAGGAACCACCAUCUCCUUCCCAAAACUUCUUCAAGACAGGUAUGAAGCUGGAGGCAGUGGACAGGAAGAACCCUCACUUCAUCUGCCCGGCCACCAUUGGGGAGGUGAGAGGUUCUGAGGUCCUGAUAACAUUUGAUGGCUGGAGAGGUGCCUUCGAUUACUGGUGCCGAUAUGAUUCCCGGGACAUCUUUCCCGUAGGCUGGUGUUCGCUGACUGGAGAUAAUCUGCAGCCCCCUGGUACAAAAGUUGUGAUUCCAAAGAGCCCUUUACCUGCCUCCGAAGUAAACUCGGAGAAACCUAGCAUGCACAGUAGCACAAAGACUGGUUUGGGGCAUCAACAAGGGCAAAGGCGUCGCAAAACAGGGAAGAAGAGUGGUCGAACGACCAAAACACUAAUCCACCACCCCAUGCCUACACCCUCCAAGUCAGUGGAGCCUUUGAAAUUCCCCAGAAAGAGAGGCCCCAAGCCUGGCAGUAAGAGGAAACCUAGGACAUUGCUGAACCCAGCACCCACCUCUCCAACAACCAGUACCCCAGAGCCAGACACAAGCACUGUGCCCCAGGACGCUGCUACAAUCCCCAGCUCUGCCAUGCAGGCUCCCACAGUUUGCAUUUACUUGAACAAGAACGGCAGCACUGGGCCCCACCUAGACAAGAAGAAAAUUCAGCAGCUGCCAGACCAUUUUGGACCAGCUCGAGCUUCUGUUGUCCUGCAGCAAGCAGUACAGGCCUGCAUUGAUUGUGCUUAUCAUCAGAAAACAGUCUUCUCCUUCUUAAAACAAGGCCACGGGGGAGAGGUGAUCUCAGCUGUGUUUGAUCGGGAACAGCACACUCUGAACCUGCCAGCAGUUAACAGUAUCACCUACGUCCUCCGCUUCCUGGAGAAGCUGUGCCACAAUCUGCGCAGUGACAACCUCUUUGGGAACCAGCCUUUCACUCAGCACAGCCACAUGCAGCGCUCUCACCAGUACGACCACGACAGGUAUCUACCAGACAGAAGCAGUUCCCUAGACGGCUCUCUGCAGGGACCAGGCCGGGGUACAAAGCGCUUUUCCCAAGACCCCCCUCCAUACAGUGCUCCUCUGUCCCCCAAGGUACCAAAGAAUGACCGUCACCCUUUGGAAGGUGAAACCUUUGUCCUGGGAGAUGGCCUCCCAGGGCCCUUAGAGCCUCGCCUGGACCCCAUGGACUCUGCCUUGAACUCUGUCAGUUCAUCCAGCCACAGCAGGAGCUCCAGAGACUUUCGCCUGCCGGGAUACAGGCACCUGCAGCAGCCCUGCAGCCUCAGCCAGGGCAGCAGCUCUGCCCUGCGCAGGCUGAGCUCUGGGGGCUCGGACAGGUACCCGGGCUCCAGGGACAGCUCCAGGGACAGCUCCCGGCUCAGCAGCCGCGACCCCUCGGCCUGGACGGUGGAGGAGGUGAUGCAGUUCAUCCGCGAGGCCGACCCGCAGCUGGGCCCCCACGCCGACCUCUUCCGAAAACACGAGAUCGACGGGAAGGCCCUGCUGCUGCUGCGCAGUGACAUGAUGAUGAAAUACAUGGGGCUGAAGCUGGGGCCGGCCCUGAAGCUCACCUACCACAUCGACAAGCUAAAGCAAGGCAAGUUCUGAGAGGACUCCUGGCAGGAUGGACCCUGGAAGCUCCGCUCCCGGCCGCCCCACCCGCGCUCACCUGCCACAGGUUCGCAUGCACACACCCCUUCCGCCGCAGCAGACAGACGGACAGACGGACAGACGGACACUCCCGACGCCAGCCGGGCCCCCAACAGCGCUCAGGAGGAGCCUGGCAC